UAUAUAAUUAUUUAUCGUAUAUUAUAGUACAUUGAAAAUGAUAUUAUUAUUUAACAAAUGGAAUACUGCUGACUUAAUAAACAUACUAACAGAGCGCAUGUCUCGAAUAUGAAAUACAACGAGAAUUGCAUUGGAAACUAUACACACGAAGAACAGAUAAAUCAUAAACGAUAUUUAGAUGUUUUAAAACAAGAUUUUUUACAUAUUUAUUCGAAUCCCAUUUCCUAUUCAAAAUCUCCAGAAGAGUUCGAUAAAGUGCAAACGCUCGGACACGGUAGUUUUGGUACAGUGUACUUAGUUCGUGAUAUAAAUACUUUUGAAUAUCACGCUAUGAAAGCAGUGGAAAAAGUCGAAGUAAUAAAACAUAAAAAUUUGAAACAGCUUUACAUAGAAAAGAAAAUUUUACAAUGCGUUAAUUUUCCAUUUACGAUGUCUUUAGAUUUCACUUGCAAGGAUAACAUAGACCUUAAGCCGGAAAAUGUAUUAGUUAGCAGUUCAGGCUAUAUAAAGUUAGCGGAUUUUGGAUUUUGCAAGAUCAUAAAGAGCCGAACUUGGACAUUGUGCGGAACGCCGGAAUAUUUAGCACCAGAAUUAAUAUUGUCGAAAGGGUAUUCGUUUCCGGUAGAUUGGUGGGCUUUGGGCGUUCUCAUUUACGAAAUGAUUGCUGCUUUUCCACCGUUUUAUAGCAGCGAGCCAAUUAAACUAUAUGAAAAAAUCCUUACAGGACAGUUUAAGACACCAGAAAAUAUGACACAGGUGUGCAAAGCUCUGGUAAAAAAUCUUUUGGAAGUUGAUCCAACGAAACGAUACGGCUCCUUAAAAGCUGGGGUAUUAGAAAUAAAAAAUCAUCUGUGGUUUUGUGACAUCAAUUGGUCGUCCAUAUUAUAUCAAAAAAUGAUUCCGCCACACGUUCCGAUAUGCAAAAACAUUGGUGAUACUGGCAAUUAUUCUAAGGUCGACGAAAUUUUGUUAAAAAAAUCACAGGAAUGUGUAUUCGAAAAAGAAUUUGAAAACUUUUAAUUAGGCUUCAUGUAAUUAUAAUCGAUAAAUAAAAUAUAUAGUAUGACAUGC